AACCCGCCGCUGUUGUGGAAAUGCAGACCAAUCACAAUGAACAGAGGAAGCAACAGACUCGUCGUGGUAAAUGUAAACGGUAGAAGUGUAGUGGCAUGAGUUUAAGGAAGCUUUCCCAGAAUAUGUGAGCAGUUACUGUACGGAUGAUGAACUGUCUUCAUUUUCCUGCUAACGUUACAUUCACAGGUUACUCCGACAUUAGCUUACAGUGGAAUAAGGUAAACAUGGUGAUUUUGUCAAGGACAGAGCAUGUUUUGCUAUGUCAGUCUCCAAGUACAUGAAACGUUUAGUAGAGUAUCUUUAUAUAAUUAUGCUGCCAUCCAUUUAUCACGGCAUAUGGAGAGCUGCUGUCCACACACUGAGGACAAGCAGAGGAAGUCCACCUUGCAGAUUCCUGUCCACCUCCGAUGGAGUCCCAGUUGGACUGGCUGAUGCUGAGACCAUCUUUGCAUUAUCAUCAGGUCAUGGCAGGUGUGGGGUGGCUGUGGUACGAGUCAGUGGUCCAGCCUCAGCUACAGCUCUGAGGUCUAUGGCUGGACUCACACGCAGCCUGCCUCCUCCACGCACCGCCCUGUUACGCAGAAUCACAGAUCCCCAAUCCAAAGAAGUGCUGGACCGCGGACUUGUCUUCUGGUUCCCAGCUCCUCACAGUUUCACAGGAGAGGACAGUGUCGAGUUCCACAUCCACGGCGGCCCUGCUGUCAUUACUGCUGUCUUACAGGCUCUAGGAAGUGUGCCUGGCAUGAGGCCUGCUGAAGCUGGAGAAUUCACACGGAGAGCCUUUCAAGCAGGGAAACUGGGUUUAACAGAGGUGGAGGGGCUCGGAGAUCUGAUCCAUGCUGAGACCGAGGCUCAGAGGAGACAGGCUCUCAGGCAGAUGUCAGGAGAGCUGGGACGCCUUUAUCAGGACUGGAGCCACAAACUGAAACGGUGUCUGGCUCAUGUUGAGGCCUUCAUAGACUUCAGUGAGGAUGAGCUCAUUGAGGAUGGGGUCUUAAACCAAGUGGACAGAUCAGUGUGUGAUCUACAAGCAGAGAUGGAGCAACAUCUAAAAGAUGAGAGGAGGGGCGAGCGGCUACGCAGUGGAGUCCAGGUGGUCAUCGCAGGAGCCACCAAUGCAGGGAAAAGUAGCCUGCUUAACACACUCUGCCAGCGACCUGCAGCCAUUGUGUCUCCCAUUGCUGGCACCACCAGGGACGUAGUAGAGACGGCACUGGACAUCGGCGGAUUCCCUGUCCUCUUGAGUGACACAGCCGGUCUCCGAGACAGCCCGGACCUGGUGGAGAGAGAGGGGGUCCGCCGAGCUCGGGAAAGAGUGGAGCAGGCAGAUCUGACUCUGGUGGUUGUGGACUGUGCUCAUCUCCCAUCUGGUGCACAGCAGGCGACAGCCUUCCUUCAGGGACACCUCAGAAGUGUCCUGCCCACCCAGGAGCAGCCUGACACAGUAUUUCCUGCCAACAGGUUUCUCCUGGUGCUGAAUAAAACUGACCUGUUGCCUCAGGAGCAGAGGCAGGCGCUGGAUGGGGAGCUGAGACGGUGCUCUGGACUCCCUCCUGUUUGUCUGAUCUCUUGCCACACUAAUGAAGGACUGCAGGACUUCCUCACAGUGCUGCACAGUAGUGUCAAGACUCUGUGUGGCGAUCCUCUGUCUGGUGCCCCCACCCUGACCCAGGCCCGCCACAGGGUCCACCUGCAGCAGUGUUUUGCAGCCCUGGUCCAGUACCAGCGGUACCGUGACAUCGACCUCGCUCUGGCAGCCGAGGGUGUCCGGUUGGCUCUCACCAGCCUAGGCCGGAUCACUGGCCGGGUCGGGGCUGAGGAGAUCCUGGAUAUCAUCUUCAAAGACUUCUGCAUUGGAAAAUAGUCACAUGAGUAGCAGUGAAAACAUGAAAUACACGUAAUACUAGCCUGUUAGGAGAGGAAGGCUGCAUUCUUGUUUGGAGUGUCUGUAAAGAAAAUGGGACAAAAAGGGCACAGCUUCGGCAUUGUGCCAGGCAUCGAGGCACAGCAAGACUAAAACAAAUGUAAUUCUUGUUCUUGGCUACAGGAUCACUCUGCUCCCAAGACACAGAAAUGUUUGUUUUCUGUUAAUGCUUUUUUAACAGAUUGAAGUUGUUUUAACGUGAUGACAGGUGCCUCAGAGGCCCCAUAUGCUGGACAAGUAUUUGGCAAGUCUUGAGUCAUAAUUUUAAAAUAUUUUUUGCAAGCCUUUGAUAGGUGAAUAUUGGGCUCUUGGGUCGCAACAUAACAGCCAAGAUCAUUUAAAAUAAAGCCAGCCCCAGACAUCUGCAAGGUCAUGGACAAGGUCAAGUUUGGAUGUUUACUUGUACUGCAGGACAAUGAAGAUUUUUUUGGCGGGGAGAGCUGGUAUCAUUUCAGCUGUACCCCUUUGUGUGUGUAUCCAUAUGUAGUAAAUUCACACAGUGAUGCCUGAAACUUGAGAUAACUCAAAUCCUUGUAACAUUUUGAUGAGAAAUCGUAUUACUUUAAAUGGAUUAUUUGUUGUAUUAUACAGUAUAUGCAAUUAUGGGUCUUCUAUGCAUGCUUGUAUGCAAUAUAUACAGGCUGUCACAUUUAUUUCCAUAGCAAAAAAUGUACCUGUGACAUUGUCCACAUGACUUUAAAAUUUAGACAGUUAUUUCAUACACAUUUAAUACAUGGGAUCUUUGAUGUGGAAUAAAUAGGAAAAGGUGUUUUUGUAACAAAUCAGGUUUAUCUCCUGUAUCAGACAGACAGAACAAAUCUUAGAAAGAAGGGCAGAUAUUCUUUUGUUUGUUUUUUUUACAAGUACGGGGCAGCGCAUUGCCAUUAUGACACAUUGCCAUUAUUUAGCUGCUAAAGGCACCACUACUGAAUGUUCACCGCUAACUUUAUCUGUCUACUGUUGUCUACUACACACAUGCUGUGUUGCAUAGAGAGAUUUUAAAAAGCAUAGAGUAAACCAAAACAGUAAAGUUGUGGGCAGUAAAGCCACCAAGCUGAAAGACGAUAAAAUUCUCUGUAGAGCUGCGGAGUCGGUGAUAAUUCUCACUACAAGCAUCCCGUCUCAUAUUUGAUCCAUUGCUAAUAUAGAAAAUAUUUAUUAGUGCAGCUUUAAAUUACAAAGUACAAUAGAGUUUUACGUUAUUGCACGUGUAAAGAUACAUCAGCUUGUUAGUCUUAGCAAAAUUGUGUAAGGCUUUAGUAAAGGCACAUCAAGCACAUAAUUGCAUGCAGUUUAAUGGUGUCACAUACCACAUUCACAUGUUCAUAAUACCCUCAUCACAUGAAAGUUUUUUCCCUGAAAUCAAUAUUACCCAUUCUUACAAAGAUUGAAUUGGUGAGGUCUAAUUUCUUGCUGCACUGUAGCUGAUGUCACAUUGAGUAUAAGUUUGUACUCUAUGGGUUCUGAUUAAUUCCAGUGUAAAUUCCAUUUUAGUCCAGCUCCCAUCACAAAGCACAACAUAAUAGACAUAGAGUAUGUAAAGAAAGUCAGAGUUACCCAGCUCCCGACUGCUCUGUGGGAAAGGGAUAUUUUUCGAGGCGAUGGUCUCUGUGCCCUUUGUUUCCCUGUCAAUCUGGCCUCGAUCAAAUAUUUAUGUUUCCUUGUUGAACUCCUCACCCUUCUUCCCCAGUUGGUUUCAUCUCUCCCAGUCUCUGACGACAUUUACUCUGCUGUACACCAGCAUAAGUGCCUGUCUCUCUGCCUUUUUGUCUCUCUCCACUCCGAUUCUGCUACUUGACCUUUCCUCUUUCCGCACUGCUCUGUCAGCCUUUUUGUCCCCUUUCAUGUUGUCCCUGAUUAAUUACAACACAGGGGUGUUUAAGCUAAAAGUGGGACUUGCUGUCAUACAAAUUAGAGGCAGUAAACAGCCUGGUUCGUCUUUGAAGUAGUGCCUGUGUGUGAUACCCUUUGAAUCAUAAUGUUUACCACAACUGUGAAAAUGUGUUGGAUAUUGCACUAUUACUUAUAUUAUUAUAUUGUAUUAUACUGUACAUACUUAUCAACCACUAAAACCACUUUGGUACUUAUUUUUAGCUUUUAUACUUAUAUCCACUUUGUACUUAAUUUAUCUUAUCUUACCUGUAUUAUAGCGUAUUAUAUUUUGAUUUGCUUAGUACCUCUAUUCCUUCUAUUCUCAAGUGUGCGUUGACGUGAUAGUGAGCAGCUGUAAUGAAAGAGUUUCCCCUCGGGGAUCAAGAAGGUAUUUCUAAUUCUGAUAGUAUUUGCCAAUACAAUACUUGUUUUUUGUAUAACAAUACCAAAACAAUACUUUAAUACCUUUCUUGGAGAAAAAUAAACAUGUUUUGACGAUCGCUGCACCA